CGUCCAAGCUGAGAAGGCCGAAACGCCGUCAAAGUUGGGGGCUAAAUUAAACUAGCUAGCUACAUGUAGCUAAACGUAUUGAGCCUUAAAGUGCUGCCGCUUGUUUAUAUUGUUGUGUUUAGUUAUUAAAGCGGCGAGUUAUUUAGCAUGGACAGCUCCAGCAAAUCACUCGGCAAAAUCGCGAAGAAAGAGGCGAGAUGCAGGACCCCUCAAGAUAAGAAGCGGCUGAAGGACUUCUCCUUCGUGUCAGAGGCCCCCUCUCAGAGCCCCACUCUUAAAGGGGAGGACAUCCAGGCGCUGGCCAUCCACAGGGAGGACCUGGAGAAGCUGCGGGUACCCCAGCCCCCAAAGGAUUCCCAGAAGCCCCAGGCGAUGACCCGGGUUCUGGUGCGGAAGACCCGCCCCCUGGACGAGGACAGGAAGUCGGUCAGGGUAACCGUGGCGAGGCCCCUCCCACAGGACGCUGCUGUACAGCCACUGGAGUACACAGGUCCUGGGGGGCCUCGCUUUGAUGACCAGGGUAUGGUCCUGCCCCACAGCAUUCUGGGAAGCCUGGAUAACUUCAAGAGGGAGAUGGAGACCAGGGGUGAAAGUGAGCUGGUGAAGCGCGUGCCGGCCCGCCCAGCGGUGCAUUACCCAAUGGCAGCAGAGCAGAAGCCGAAGCCCCACCCCCGAGGGUGGCCCCGCCCCCCGGACCUGCAGUGCCACGCCCUGCAUCACUGGAAGGGUCACAUGAGAGAGAGGAGGCGGCAGCUGGACUUCAUCUCCCACCUGCUGCAGAAACCCUCCAGCUCCCUGUUGAUGAGCCAGUCCAGCUACUUCCGCAAGAUACAGGAGCAGAGAGAGCACAUAUCCCGCCAACUACCCACACUGCACCCCGGCCAGGGUUACCGUGUGGGCAGUGAGUUCUGGAACAUUCCCCAGCGAUUGGGGGAUGAUCUCAGCGGGAUCAUAGCCACCCUGACGCAGACUCAGAGAGGCAACCCUGAGCCAAUCACCCGCAUUGGCCAACCACUCAGCAUACAGCAGGAAACAGGUAACGCGAUGACCGGGCGGUCGGACCCCCAGGCCUGGGACCGCAGCCUGUACCUGCAGCAGUGCCGGCAGGAGCUCAGAGAGGUUCUGAUGGACCUGGACUUCAGCCAGCCGGAGAUCGAUGGGCUUGAAGUGAUCGGGACCGGGCAGCCCUUCACCUCUGUCACUGCUGAGCGCUGCCCCCUUCUGGAGGAAGAGGAGAAUUGCAGCGAGUCCGAGCACAAGGAGAACCAAGAUCCGCUGGCGCACGGUGAUGAUGCGAUGGCGGAGGCGGUCCUGGUCCCGGCGCUGAGGUUCUGCGGCCAGCUGGCCCGCUGGACCGGCAGCCCGUCCUCACACCAGGGGGAGGUGGGUAUUGCGGUCCGGCUGACCUUUGAGGCGUUGGAGGGGGAGCAGGCCUCCUCCUCUCUGGAGCUGCAGAACGAGGGCAGCACUGCGCUGUACUACACCUGGCAACACCUGCCCCAGGAGCGCAGCUUCCCCCAGACCCAGCCCGACACACACCCCCAGUGCUUCUACUUCAACACCAGCACAGGGGUGAUCCUGCCGGGGGAGGCCCAGCGGGUGGUGUUCAUCUUUAAGUCAGCCACGGCGGGGAUCGUGAGUGAGGUGUGGAGCCUGAACACACACCCCGCCGUGCUGGGGGGCGCCAGUCUGCAGGUCACCCUGCGAGGGGUGGCCCUCUACCGGGACAGGACCGCUGACCAGAGAGAGGCUCUGCAGAAGCAGCUCCAGCAGAAGGAGGCUGAGUCGGUGUGUACACAGCUGCUGUUGGAGCUCCUGCAGGGAGUGCGCACUCCAGAGAGACCCUGCACUCCCGCUGAGCUCUACCUCACCGAGGAGGACCUCUUCCACAGCACCAACCCCCAGCUGUAUUACAGGCUGGAGGUGGUGGAGGAGUUGAGGAGGUUGUGGGAGCAGGUGAGAGAUUCUGGGGAGGAGGAGAACAGGGACACGGCCUCGGAGCCCCUGAGCUGGGACCUGUGUGUGCCCAAUCUCAGACAGGCUGUGUUGGCCCUACCAGAGGGGGAUGGAGAGGGGCAGAGGGAUCAGGCUCUUUGCUGCUUAAACAACCUGGUUCUGGAGCUCCAGCAGCCCCAGGAACCGCCGCCACCACUGCUGCUGCACUGCAUCGGGCUGCAGCUGUGGAGGGAGUUGCUGGACGGGCUGGUCAGUGAGGCUGUGUGGCUGAGGCAGGUCAUGGGUCUGCCAGAGAAUGAGAUCCAGGGACAGAGCCAGCAAGACGAGUCCUGGAAAGCAAAGAAGGAGGAAAAGAAAGGAGGACCGGUCUCUAAGGAGGAGAAGAAAGGGGGGAGUGCCAAAGAGGAAGAGAAAAAGGGGCCAAUUAAACAGACGAGCAAAGAAAAACUAGCUGAGGACGGCACGGCCAGUAAGAGGAAGUUUAGGGAGGAGAGGCGCCCUGGGAAGGCAGGGAAGGCUCCCAGUAAGGCUCCGCCCUCCUCCCCCCCCAGCCCGGACCGCCACAGCCCUGAGCUCCAGGAGAGAUACCGCCAACGCCUGCACAAGCGCGUGUGUGUGCUGAUGGAGUCCAUGGUGGACUCUCUGUGUGACCUGCUGGUGGAGGCUCAGAGUGACCAGCUGGACCAAUCAUGUUUGUUUGUGUGACCUGCUGGACCAAUCAUGUUUAUUUGUCUGAAUCCACAGGCAACUUGCUUAUCAUAUCUACAUAUCUCACACCACACACACUGCAGUACAGACAGAUAUCUCACACCCACACACACUGCAGUACAGACAGAUAUCUCACACCCACACACAUUGCAGUACAGACAGAUAUCUCACACCACACACACUGCAGUACAGACAGAUAUCUCACACCACAAACACUGCAGUACAGACAGAUAUCUCACACCACAAACACUGCAGUACAGACAGAUAUCUCACACCACAAACACUGCAGUACAGACAGAUACCUCACACCACAAACACUGCAGUACAGACAGAUAUCUCACACCACACACACUGCAGUACAGACAGAUAUCUCACACCACACACACUGCAGUACAGACAGAUAUCUCACACCACAAACACUGCAGUACAGACAGAUAUCUCACACCACAAACACUGCAGUACAGACAGAUAUCUCACACCACAAACACUGCAGUACAGACAGAUAUCUCACACCACACACAUUGCAGUACAGACAGAUAUCUCACACCACAAACACUGCAGUACAGACAGAUAUCUCACACCCACACACAUUGCAGUACAGACAGAUAUCUCACACCACAAACACUGCAGUACAGACAGAUAUCUCACACCCACACACAUUGCAGUACAGACAGAUAUCUCACACCACACACAUUGCAGUACAGACAGAUAUCUCACACCACACACACUGCAGUACAGACAGAUACCUCACACCACAAACACUGCAGUACAGACAGA